ACCAAACCACAGCCCACUCCAUACCUUUGCAUCCAGCCUCCAACCUCCUGCCCACGCCCAUCACCCCAAUAUGUUUGCCCCUCCCGCGGCGUUACCCCCACCUCCUCCUCUGACAUCAGGGACGUUGCAGGUUCCAGGCCAUCCUGCCGGAGGUGCUUACUCAGAGCAAGAUCUUCUCCGCCAGGAGCUGAACACUCGGUUUCUAGCUUCCCAGAGUGCUGACCGCGGCGCCUCGCUGGGCCCACCACCCUACUUGAGGACGGAGUUCCACCAGCACCAGCACCAGCAUCAGCACACCCACCAGCACACCCACCAGCAUACCUUCACGCCUUUCCCCCACGCUAUCCCACCCACAGCCAUCAUGCCAACACCAGCACCACCCAUGGUGCGUACCCCAGGCAGAAAUUUUGACAAAUACCCUACAAAAGUUGACCCUUUCUACCGUCACAGUUUAUUCCACUCCUACCCUCCCGCGGUAUCAGGGAUCCCUCCUAUGAUUCCUCCAACCGGUCCUUUUGGUUCACUGCAAGGAGCAUUUCAACCCAAGACUUCUAAUCCUAUUGAUGUUGCAACGAGGCCUGGUGCUGUCCCACAUACGCUUCUUCAGAAAGAUCCCAGGUUGACAGAUCCAUUCAGGCCCAUGUUGAGGAAACCCGGAAAAUGGUGCGCGAUGCAUGUUCAUAUCGCUUGGCAGAUAUAUCACCAUCAACAGAAAGUCAAGAAACAGAUGCAGUCAGAUCCCCAUAAACUGGAUUUCGGCCUGAAACCUGAAUUUCUGAGUAGGCCACCGGGUCCCAGUCUCUUUGGGGCUAUCCACCAUCCUCAUGACUUAGCCCGGCCUUCAACUCUCUUCUCUGCAGCCAGUGCUGCCCACCCCGCCGGCCCCCCUUUCGGCCCGCCCUCGCAUCACAGCAACUUUCUAAGCCCGGCUGCCCAUUUAGAGACCUUUAAUCGGCCCACGACGUUCACCAGUCUUGCAGCUGUGAGCGGCAAUGCCUUCGGGGGACUCGGGAACCCUGCCGUUACACCUAAUGCUAUGUUCAGCCACAAGGAUUGCCCCAGUAUCCAGAAUUUUAGCAACCCUCAUGAGCCCUGGAACCGUCUUCACCGAACUCCUCCUUCGUUUCCGACUCCUCCGCCCUGGCUGAAGCCAGGGGAGCUGGAACGCAGUACGUCUGCUGCAGCUCAUGAGCGAGACAGAGACGUAGAUAAAGGAGACGCUUCUCUUAGUAAAGAGGACAAAGAAAGGGAGAGUAUUGAGAAAAGACACUCCAACCAUCCUUCGCCCGCCCCUGUCCAUUCCGUGAGCUCCCUUGGACAUAACCGCAGCUCAGCUGAGCCUAUCAAGAGCCACCUGAACUCAGACGUUCGGGAGAAAGAGAAACCCAAAGAGCGAGAGAGGGAUCACUCUGAAUCCCAAAAAGAUGUUGGCGUCGAUGAGCACAAGGCAAAGGACAACUAUAUUUCUGAAAAAGAAAGUCUAAACCACGAGAGCAGGCCUUUGGAAGAGUCUAAACAAAUGUCUCGGGUACCUUCACCCUAUGCCAGGCCACCUCUUGUGGAGAACACCAGGCCUAGUAGUACCUCUAGCCGGGAAGCCGAGAAGAAGAGUGAGCCUGCAUAUGAGAACCUGAAGAAAUCCAGCGAAGUCAAAGUGAAGGAGGAACGGAAGGAAGACCAUGACAUCCCGCCCGAAGCACCACAGACCCAUCGACCACCUGAGCAGCCUCCACCCAUGCCCUCAUCCAACGUUCACCCAGGCCCUUUGGUGUCAAUGCCCAUGACUGUGGGGGUCGCUGGCCUCCAUGCCAUGAACAGUAUCGGCAGUCUAGAGAGGACUCACAUGAUGACACCUUUUAUGGGGAUCAGUCCGAUUCCAGGGGGAGAACGUUUCCCAUACCCUUCUUUCCACUGGGAUCCAAUAAGGGAUCCGUUAAGAGAUCCCUACAGAGACUUGGACAUCCACCGGAGAGACCCUUUGGGUAGAGAGUUCCUCUUGAGGAACGACCCAUUGCACCGUCUUUCUACACCGAGGUUAUAUGAUGCGGAGAGGUCUUUCAGGGACAGAGAGCCACAUGACUACAAUCACAAUCACCAUUAUCAUCAUCACCCCCUUUCCGUCGACCCCCGCCGAGAGCAUGACAGGGGGGGGCACCUAGAUGAGAGGGAGAGGUUACAUAUGCUCAGGGAGGAGUACGACCACGUACGACUUCACUCUGUUCACCCAGCAGCCUUGGAUGGCCACUUGCCUCACCCACGGUUAAUCGCCCCGGGGCUACCCAGCAUGCACUAUCCCAGAGUCAGCCCCCCAACAGGACUUCAGAAUGGGAUUCUCAAUAAAACUCCCCCCACAGCAGCACUGAGUGCUCCUCCUCCUCUCAUUUCCACUCUGGGACCUCGGCCUAGCUCUCCUCGAAGGACUACCCCUCUGUCAACAGAAAUUAGGGACAGGCCACCUUCCCAUACGCUCAAGGACAUAGAAGCACGAUAAGACCCACCGAACGAGGUCAAGCAAGGACAUUGUUAAGUGGACUUAAAAUAUAUCCAGUCUUCUUACUCAAUAAAUGUAGACUUUGGUUAUGACCCAAUUGUACAAAUUGUAUAGACCCAAGUGUGCAAAGAUAUUCUUUUGUGCUUUUUUAAAAAUUGCCUAAUUGCAUAUUACCGAUUGUUUUCGACCCUUUUGGAGAAAAGUUGGUGCGUUUUCCUUUAUGUAUCCUAUUCCUUUCUGCCAUUUUGAAUUCCUUCCAGAGCAAGACGACAUAAGGCAGUAUUUGGGCUACAAACAAGCAAAGUUCUUUUUCUUUCUCUCUCUCUUUUUCUCCGCUAGUAAAUGUUGGUGGCAAUCUCUACGAAUUGGAUGGACAGAAGAAAACCAUAGAUUUCCGGGG